CUGGGACUGCCGGGCUCAAGUCGCCGCGUCUCCACCCGGCUGCUCUUUUUGGAUUUCUGCAAUGGCGGAACAGCAGCAAUUCUACCUAUUGCUGGGUAACCUGAUGAGCCCUGACAACAAUGUCAGGAAACAAUCAGAGGAGACCUAUGACACAAUCCCUGGUCAGACAAAAAUCACGUUCCUGCUUCAGGCUGUCAGAGAUCCAUCUGCUGCAGAGGAGGUCAGACAGAUGGCAGCAGUGCUUCUGCGACGGCUCUUGUCAUCGUCCUUUGAAGAGAUCUACCCUGGCCUCACAGUUGACAUGCAGGCAGCAAUCAAAACCGAACUUCUGACCAGCAUCCAACAGGAGACUUCCACAAAUAUCCGCAAGAAGGUCUGCGACAUUGCAGCAGAGCUAUCCCGCAACCUUAUUGAUGAUGAUGGGAACAACCAGUGGCCAGAGGUGCUCAAAUUCCUGUUUGACUCUGUCAAUUCAGACAACGUGGGUCUGCGAGAAGCUGCUUUACACAUAUUCUGGAACUUCCCAGGAAUCUUUGGCAACCAGCAGCAGCAUUACAUGGAUGUAAUCAAGCGUAUGCUUGUUCAGUGCAUGCAGGAUCAAGCAAACCCUCAGAUCCGCACACUGGCUGCCCGGGCCGCAGCUUCUUUUGUCCUGUCCAAUGAAGGAAACACAGCCCUGCUCAAGCAUUUCUCUGACUUACUGCCAGGCAUCCUGCAGGCAGUGAAUGAUUCCUGCUACCAGGGAGAUGACUCAGUCCUUAAGUCUUUGGUGGAAAUUGCAGACACGGCACCUAAAUAUCUGAGACCAAACUUGGAGGCCACUUUGCAACUCUGCUUGAAGCUCUGCGCAGAUACCAACUUGCCCAACAUGCACAGACAGUUGGCACUGGAAGUCAUUGUCACCUUAUCGGAGACAGCAGCAGCUAUGUUGAGGAAACACACCGACAUUGUGGCUCAGAGUGUGCCCCAGAUGCUGGCUAUGAUGGUUGACCUAGAAGAGGAUGAGGACUGGGCUAUGGCUGAUGAAUUGGAAGAUGAUGAUUUUGACAGUAAUGCUGUAGCAGGAGAAAGUGCUCUUGACAGAAUCGCCUGUGGUCUGGGAGGAAAGAUCAUUUUGCCUCUGAUCAAGCAGCACAUAAGGCAGAUGUUGCAGAACUCUGACUGGAAGUACCGCCAUGCUGGGCUGAUGGCGCUGUCGGCCAUUGGCGAAGGCUGUCACCAGCAGAUGGAGGCCAUCCUUAAUGAGACUGUCAUCUCUGUACUGCACUUCUGCGCAGACCCACAUCCAAGGGUGCGGUACGCUGCCUGCAAUGCUAUUGGACAAAUGGCCACAGAUUUUGCACCAACUUUCCAAAAAAAGUUUCAUGAUAAGGUGAUCUCUGCACUGCUUCAGACCAUGGAUGACCAGAGUAACCCCCGAGUGCAGGCACACGCCGCUGCUGCUCUCAUCAAUUUCACAGAAGACUGUCCCAAAUCUCUGCUCAUACCUUAUCUGGAAAGCUUGGUGCAGCACCUUCAUGUGAUCAUGGUAACAAAGUUGCAAGAGUUAUUCCAGAAGGGCACCAAACUGGUCCUGGAGCAGGUGGUGACCUCAAUUGCAUCUGUGGCAGACACUGCAGAGGAGAAGUUUGUGCCAUACUACGACUUGUUCAUGCCCUCACUCAAACACAUUGUGGAAAUCGCUGUGCAAAAAGAGUUGCGGCUACUUCGGGGCAAGACCAUAGAGUGCAUCAGCCUCAUUGGUCUCGCUGUCGGCAAGGAAAAGUUCAUGCCAGAUGCCUAUGCUGUCAUGCAGCUGCUUCUCAAAACCCAGACUGACUUCAAUGACCUGGAUGAUGAUGAUCCACAGAUCUCAUACAUGAUCUCAGCCUGGGCCAGGAUGUGCAAGAUCCUGGGGAAAGAGUUUCAGCAGUACCUACCAGUGGUAAUGGGUCCAUUAUUGAAGACUGCCUCCAUCAAACCUGAGGUGGCUCUCCUUGACACCCAGGAUAUGGAGAACAUAUCAGAGGACGACGGCUGGGAGUUUGUCAACCUUGGAGACCAGCAGAGUUUCGGCAUCAAGACCGCCGGCCUGGAGGAGAAGUCCACUGCUUGCCAGAUGCUGGUGUGUUAUGCCAAAGAGCUGAAGGAAGGUUUUGUAGAGUACACUGAGCAAGUGGUGAAGCUGAUGGUUCCUUUACUCAAGUUCUACUUCCACGAUGGUGUGCGAGUGGCGGCGGCAGAGUCCAUGCCUCUGCUGUUAGAGUGCGCACGGGUGCGGGGGCCAGAGUACCUCACCCAAAUGUGGCUCUUUAUGUGCGACGCCCUCAUCAAGGCUAUCGGCACGGAACCAGACUCGGACGUCCUGUCGGAAAUCAUGCAUUCUUUUGCAAAGUGCAUCGAGCUAAUGGGAGACGGCUGUCUGAACAACGAGCAUUUUGAGGAGCUGGGUGGCAUUUUGAAAAGCAAACUGGAGGAACAUUUUAAAAACCAGGAGUUGAGGCAGGCUAAGAGACAAGAUGAAGAUUAUGAUGAGCAGGUGGAGGAAACCUUGCAAGAUGAGGAUGAGAAUGACGUGUACAUCCUGACCAAGGUGUCGGACGUCCUGCAUUCUGUUUUCAGUAGUUACAAAGAGAAGGUGCUCCCUUGGUUUGAACAGCUCCUCCAGCUCAUUGUCCAGCUCAUAUGUCCAAACAGGCCGUGGGCUGACAGGCAAUGGGGACUGUGUAUUUUUGACGAUGUGGUGGAGCACUGCAGCCCAUCUUCUUUCAAGUACGCCGAGUACUUCCUGCGGCCGAUGUUGCAGUCUCUGUGUGACUCCAGUCCUGAAGUUCGGCAAGCAGCCGCCUACGGUGUUGGUGUCAUGGCGCAAUAUGGAGGGGAGAACUACCGCCCGUUCUGCACAGAGGCCAUUCCCUUGUUGGUCAGAGUCAUCCAGGCAGCCGAUUCACGCUCAAAGGAGAACGUCAACGCCACAGAAAACUGCAUCUCUGCUGUUGGAAAGGUCAUGAGGUUCAGGCCAGAGUGUGCAAAUGUCAAUGAAAUUCUCCCCCACUGGAUCAGCUGGCUACCCCUCAAUGAAGAUAAAGAGGAGGCUGUCCACACGUUUGACUUCCUAUGUGACCUUAUUGAAAGUAACAACCCUAUUGUCCUUGGACCAGACAACUCCAACCUGCCCAAACUCUUCCUCAUCAUUGCUGAUGGAGUAGCAAACGAAUCUGUGAAGAGUGAAGACGCUUGCAGUAAACGUCUGGCAAACGUAGUCCGUCAAGUACAGGUGUCAGGAGGAUUGUGGUCUCAGUGUAUAGCGACGCUAACUGAGACUCAACAGAAAGCCAUACAGGAUUUACUGAAUGCCGCCUGAGCCUCCUGGUCAGACUCCCACCUUUAAAGCCCCUGAAGAAAAGUUGACUCUUCCAUACACUCCUCCGCCUCUUGAUCUGCAGAGUAUAGGAUGCUGGCUUCACCCUCCCCACCUCCCCAGCCUAUUAUAGACACUGCACUCAAGUGACUGGAGCAAAAGUGGGGAACACCCCUGACAUCAAGGACUGACUGUCUCAUCUCCUUUAGCUAGAUGUGUUUCCAAACAAUUCCCUCAAGUGUGACUUGCCCCUGCCCAGAGACAUACAUUGCCCUGCAUAGCUCAGUUGAGUUGAAAAAUGGACACUGGGCAAUCAAUGCCUGUCUCUUGUGAUAUAUAUAUAUUUUUUUUUUUUUGAGUUUUGAUUUGUUCCUAGUUACCUGGGGAGAGAUGACCUCUGUCAGAGAGGUUGUUUCCAAAGUAAAGGCAUGUUUUAAGUGGCUAACUUCAGUGAACAGUGAAUUUAUUUCUUUGGCGAGUCGGUCUAUUUAGCAGCUUCCACCCCCCCCUCCAAAUCUAUAGCCUUCCAGAUUGCUGUUCAGAUAUCGUGAUUUCUCGUAUAAUGUGACCACACACACGCCCGCGCACACACAAAUGAAGUUGUAAGAGUGCACGAUUCAUAAAAGGAAUGAAGAAAACAAAUCUUCCAUUUGUACAAAUGUACGCAAAUACCAUGGGGUUGUGAAAAAGGUGUACUUUCAUUUUGAUGUCUUGUUUAGAAAUUUGUAUAUACCGUAUUUUCACGACCAUAAGGCGCCGUCUCAGUUACGGGGUCUACUUCUAUAUUUAACACAUGCAUAAGGCACACCGUAUUAUUGGGCGCAGGCAUGGUAAAACAUACGGUAGCAUGCAUGCUGAAACAAUGUUUUUAAAAAGGCAGCGGGAGCAAAACUGAGUUCGGUUGAGCUUUAUUGAAGUAUUUAACAAUGGACUCGCGUUAUUUUUUUUGAUCGGUCCUCAUCCACAAAUCCAUCAAAGUCCUCAUGUUCUGUAUCCGAAAUGAACAGUUGGGCAAAUUCUCCAAACAUGGCAGGUUCCCGCUCGUCAUUGUCGGAGUCAGUCUCGAUGUGCGGCUCCUCCGAAAUGAUGCCGGCUUUUACGAAAGCUCGAACAACAGUGCAAGCAGACACGUUAGCACAAGCAUUCACAAAUUGUAGCGUCACUCGCCCGGCGCCGCCUCCUAGUCUUAGUAAAGCUGUGUUCGCCAUCUGUCAUCCAUCGCUGCGUGCAACUUCACUUCGAACGCCCUGUUUACACCGCUGUCCAGCGGUUGGAGUUCCUUCGUCUAGCCUCCCGGAAUGAUGGCAAGCUCCGAGUUAUUGCCCUCAGUCGAAUGGUGACUGUAGAGACGCUUCUCCCGGCUGUUCUUUGCUCAUUCAUCCAUUGCUCGAGUUGGUCUUCCAACUCGGGCCACCUCGCCUUGUUUCCGCGGAAACUCUCCUUUGUCUUCUUGACUUGGCGAAGCUUGUUUUCCUGCUUCCUCCACUUGCGAACCAUGGAUUUGUUGAUCUUGAAUUUCCUCACUGCUGCUCGAUUUCCAUGUUCCGCCGCGUAACCAAUAGCUUGCAGUUUAAACCGCUUCGGAAGCGUGUCUCUCCGUAGGUGCCGUGUGCAGGGGCCCUUAGCCAAACCGACACACAUACCGGAACUAUAUACCUACUGGGGGGGCGUGGCCUCCUUCACACGCACCCUUCCCCCUUUAUGUCCGCAUGCUGUCCUCAGCCACGUCCGCUUUUCUUCUGUAUAAACGUUGUGUCGGCAGGAAAUGUGGAGCGCUCAUCACACAUUUAUAGAUUUUGGACCGCUGCGCACACAAGGUUCGCCGCAUUAUAAGAGACCCCGUCCAUUUUGGGGAAAAUUUAAGACUUUUAAAUUCGCUUUAUGGUCGUGAAAAUAGAGUAAUGCAGUAAAUUUAGAGUAAUGCAGUAAAUUUACUCCCAGGUUGCCAUUGACUGGAUCUGAUCUGAAGACAUAUUUAGUGCCACCAGGUUACAGAGCGCAUCUCUGAAAUUUAAUAAAAAAAUAAAAAAAGGAGAGUAAAAAAAAGGCGUUUGAUAUAAAAUGUCAACCGGAAGUAAUCUGCCACAUUAAAAACUAGUGUGUGGGACAUUAAAUGGCCCUUUGUUCUGUCGGGGAAUUAUGUCAACCCACCACCAACAGUACUUUUAUUCCAAUAUGAUAUGUAAUUUCUGUUACCAACAUACAAUAUAGCAAAUUUUCACUGCUCACCCCAGAAUCAUGUCCUUGCGGUGAUGCCACAUAUUUGAUCUAUCGUGAUUAACUUUCAGGCCAAGGAUGGAAUGUGACAUUGCAACGCUACUUGCUAGCUAAAUUACCAGUUAGUUUCAUUGCAACAUGUCUCCACUACCUUUUAAGACCUUUCACUCAGAAUUUAUUCCUUCUUGGAAUUGCUAAUCUGCAUUGCUACGUAAGCGUGCUAUCUUCUGCAGCUGGCUGCUAGCAUCUCUAGACUUGUUGCUAAACGGCCGGUGGGGGGGAAAAAAAAUGCCCAGUGGACUUUUAACCAGCUACUUGAUUCAUCCAACUUUGAGAAGAGCGCUCUACAAUGUCGCUCUUUCCCUAGUCAGCCCUUUGUACCUGCCCAGUCCCAAGACACCCAGUAAGUCUAAUACUUACUGUACUUUUAAAAAUCUCGUCAGCACACACAACAGAAACAUUCUUUGUAAAACCUAAUAAAAUAUUUCAUUUUGAGAAUGUAUAGCAAGAAAACUGUGGUGUAUUACUCAUAGGUAGGUUUUUCCUGAUUUUUGGGGGUGUGCAUUACAUGAAAUUAUAGUAAGUAGUUUUUUUGUUUAUUAAUCCCCCCCUGGGAUGUCAAAGCACCACUUUAGGGAGCAAUGAGAAGGGAAAAAUUAAAAACCUCAACCUGUAGUUGGUCCCUGCCAACCAAGUUCAAGUCUAACAGCUUGUAGAGUAACUGCGUGCUACCAUACUCUAUUAUGGUGCAACCCUUUACAGCACUGCAGGUAUGUGAUGGAAUUUCACAAACUACCUACAAUAAAAUUCCAUUUGAGAAUUGUUUCUUUAUUAUUUUUAAAUGUAUAUGAACUGACUCAUCAUUUUGACAUGCUUUUUAUUGGGACAUCAAAGCAAAGGAAAAUGUACAUUUAAAGCUUUCAACCAGAACGUAUGACAUGAUCCUUGCUGGGAAACUGAUUUCUUAAAUGUGCGAUUCCCUAAAUGUGCAAUAGCCAACCGAAAAUGUGCUAAAAUUUAUAUUGAUACAGCAGCCUCACUUUCAUUAUUUCAUUAGUGUACUUUGCCAUUGAGCACUCCAGAAUUACAAUAAAAACAGAUCGCCUCCAACUACCUUUUAGGAGUGACAGCUCCUGGGCUGCUGAAAUAAUUGUGAAAAUGUAUCUGUACAACACUAUUAUGGAAAGCAUAUUGAGAUGCACUUGAUUUAAAUCCACAGACCAGCUGGGAACUUGGCGCGAGAGAAAUUUGUGUUGCGUAUCACUGAAAUCUUUGACAGCUCGUUACUGUGAGGCUAAAAUAAAAGCAAUUGAAUUGCUAAGACUAGUGUUUUCUAAAGUUAAUUCGAGCUGGUCGUGUCCCUGACGUUUAUCACCUUGUGGAUAUUAAAGUUUAUGUGCAUGGAUGCUUCAAGUGACUAUGAAUAUUUUAAGCAGGACACGUGUGCGUGCCAGUGGCAAAGUUGUAUUUACACUGAAUGUUCUGUACAAGGUGGGACAGCUGUGG